GUGAUGACGAGCAGCAGGGCCGCGACGGCGGGAGCCAACAGAGACAAACGCACCGUGAGCUGCUGGGAGUCUGCUGGGGGCUUCAAAGGACAGCAGGGGGAGGGGCAGGGGACUCAAAGGAGGUGAGCACUUUGUCGACAGACAAAAGGAAAAGAAACCCCGAUCCUGCAGGAGGCCAGAAACUCCGUCAACCUGGCAGCGCCGAAACAAUGUGCCAUCAACGGCCACUGGCAAGCCCGGUUUUGGGUUUUCGCUCGUUUUGCGCCUGUGUGUGGCCGUCGGCGAAGCGGUCCUUGUUGUGUUCUCUCUUGUCGGCUUCAGUCGCCCUCCCCGCUCCCACUCACUGACCAAGGAGGCCUCAGUGAUACGGUUGUCUGUGCUGUCCGGAUCCCCUGCCGUCCUGUGGCUCGUGGUCUUACUGGCAGGUGGGCACCGCCCUCACACACCACGCCACUCUGACACCUCUCUGUCUGUCUGUCUCUCUGCUCUGCUGGCCGUCUGUGUGUGUGUGUGGUGUGUGUUGUCAGCCUUUCCCUCGUGGCUGGUGCAGCUGUGUGCCGCGAGCGGUGCCGGCCUCCUCCGCCCCAACACAGCGCCCACCUUGACCAGCGGCAAUGACACCGCGGCCGGGGCCGAGAAGAGGCGAUUGCACCCGCCAGGCGCCGAGUACGCUCACACACACGGCCGGCCAGCCGUGGUCUCUUGACACACGUGGCCGCCUGACAUUGUCCUGUUUGUUUGUCUGCAGGUGUGUGUGUUCUGCGGAACAGUUUAACCAGGGCCAAUGUGACCCCAACACCAUACCGAUCAUCGUCACCGGCCGCGGCGAGGUGCGCACCCAACGACACUGAGCCCAUCGAGGCGAUGCAUCAUUGGACACACACGGGAGGGCCUGUAGUGUGCACUCGUGUGUCGUGUCAGUUUCGAAUCGGGGCCAUUUCUAUUCAACCCACGAGUCCUGGCCUUGCUUUCGGUGUAGUCGCAGUGGCCUCCAUCGGCGGUGACCCCGUGGAGGAGAUGGAUGACAGAGUGGAUGACGUCGAAGUGGUAAGCAAAGCGCACCUUCUGUGUGUAGGGCCGUGGAUGACCCGACUCAAUGUAGAAGGAGUUGCCUGACGGAGUAUUGGGUCAGGGAUCCGUCGGCUACAUAACAACUAUCGAAGUCCUUGAGUUUGAGGUUGACACGUAUUUUGUCGACAUCAUGGUCACAUUCAUCGAGGGCGGCACCACGCGAGUCGAAAUAGCAGAGGAUUGCGCUUUGCGGGUUGUUGAAUGCCUGGAUGAUGGUGACUGCACUGAGGGAAACAUAGGUUUGCGGGUAUGUGACGACAAUAACCUAUGUUUCCCUAACCCUGUCCCGCCUUAGACUGUGAGCGUCAGAUGAGAGGGACAGGGAGAAAUUCAUGAUGUGUCUGUCGUGUGCCUACUAAUUUACUUACACACCACCCACACCCACAGAGUGAGAUGGACGCUGCUUUUUUUAUAUGCAGGGACGACGUUGUGUUUCGUGUCGUCUCGCUGUCUGUCGGUGUGUGUGCAGACGUGACAUACACAGAAUGGCCGUGGGCGGGCGGGGCAGUGUGUCUGUGCGUUUCGCUGACAGAGAGAGGGAGGGGGUGCGGUGAUGACGACUGUUGAGUCGGCCUGAAUGCGACGAUGUGUGCCUCUCGGAUGUCUCUCUCUCUCCUUUGUGUGUGUGGGUGUUUUGGCCAUCUGACUGACUGACUGACUGCUGUGUGGGUGUUGUGUGUCUCUCUGUGCUGCCUCCGUGAAUGCUCUGUCUGUGGUGAUGUCUGACCGAUUGUGUGUGUGAGAUCCGCCAAAUGCACACACAGACACAGAGGGAGGGGGGCGAUAUCGGCGUGGCGUGUGCGGUUCAGUGAGGCCAUCAAAUGAGGGCUGCAUGCUGGUGUUUUUCUAAUGUGCAGACACACAGGCAGAGAACAAAUGUGCCCGACACGCGAGAGGGCUCAGGUGUGUGUGAGGGUGCGGCGGCGGGGUGGGUCAGUGUGUGUGUUUCCACGGAGGACUGACUGACAGAGAGGGGAGGGGGUGUGGUUGAUUUCUGUGUGGCUGGCUCGCUCUCCCUCUGUCUCGCAAAUGUGCGAGCGGCCCAGGGAGUGUGUGCGAUGCCCUCGUGGGGCCGUUGAUGCGACCCGCCUGACUGGCCGAUUGGUGUGUGUGAGGGGGGGCAAAGGCAGACAGCCGGCCGCCUGUGGGAACGGCUGAGCGGUCGUCAUGUCUGUCCGCCUGUCUGUCUGUCCGUCUGUCUGUCGGUCCGUCUGUCUGUCUGUCGCAUUGGGUGUGGGGGACACUCGUGAGUGAUUGUGGGUGGGUGGUGGGCUGACUGUCUGGGGAGAGGGGAGGAUGCAGCCAUGUCCGUCUGCAGUGGUCAGACAGGUGUGUUGGGGUCUAUUAUACCCCCCCCCACACACAGCCAGCCGUGCAAUGCACAGACACACACAUCUGUACAGUCCAUCUGACGAGGAAGGGUGGGAGGGGGGCAUUUGGUCAGCGAUGGCAGACAGACAGACAGACAGACAGGUAGGCCGUUAGGUCGUGCGGGAGGACAGAAGGCUCACUUAGAGAAAUCUAUGUCUCGCCUUUUCUGUUUUGGUGGAUGCCGUGAGAUGCGGCAUGGGUGUGUGUCUGUUACCACGGAGGUCUGACUGACAGGGAGGGGAGGGGGUGGGGUCACUGUGUGGGGCUGGCUCUCUCUCUCUCUGUCUCUGCCUUUGUGUGACGGAAUCGAAUCAAGCCAUGGAAAUGUCGGAAAUAUGAAAUGUACACA